AUGGAUCAUUUUGGAAGUCCAUCGCAGUCCGCAUCGGUGAUAACAUCGCUUGGUAGUCAAACACCAAGCACUCAUGUUGGUCCAGCAUCAAUACUCACUGGAUCAGGGCCUAGUUCUAUCUUAGGCUCGUCCAAUAUUAUGAGUGGUCCAUCGGUAACGCUUGGACCAGGAUCAGUAGUGAUAGGAGGUGGUUCAACAGCUAAUCUCAGUAAUGUUGGCUGUUCCGGACCUAGUUCAGUGCUUGCAAAUGUUGGUCCAAGCUCUGUGCUUGGCGGCAGCAUGUUGGGGCAACAUAGCGGACCAGGAUCAGUACUGAAUAGCCAAGGUGGUCCAGGAUCAUUGCUGAGCUACAGCGGUGAACGAGGUGGACCUUCGAGUGUUAUAAAUGUUGGUGGAAAUCCUGGAUCAGUUUUUCAGGACAUGAAUCCGGCUUCGGUAGGUCCUGGAAAUCUUGCAGUACCGAUGACGCCUCUUGCUGGUGAUCAUUUUCAACCAGCAUCAAAUAUUCCUAUGGUUUCAACAAAUCCACCACAAACACCUGGAUCACAGUUAAUUGAUAUCCCAUCGCCAGCACUUCAAAAUAUAGUGUCUACUGUUAACUUAGGUGUGCCUCUGGAUUUGAAAAAAAUAGCAUUGCACGCUAGAAAUGCGGAAUAUAAUCCAAAACGUUUUGCUGCUGUUAUAAUGCGUAUUCGUGAACCUCGCACAACUGCUCUUAUAUUCUCAUCAGGAAAAAUGGUUUGUACAGGAGCAAAAUCUGAGGAAUCAAGUAGACUUGCCGCACGCAAAUAUGCCAGGAUAGUACAAAAGCUUGGUUUCAACGCAAAAUUUACUGAAUUCAAAGUUCAGAAUAUGGUUGGUUCAUGUGAUGUGCGUUUUCCUAUACAGCUAGAAGGCCUAUGUUUAACACACACUCAAUUCUCUACAUAUGAACCAGAGCUCUUUCCCGGAUUAAUUUAUCGGAUGGUGAAACCACGAGUAGUAUUGCUUAUUUUUGUUAGUGGAAAGGUUGUUAUAACGGGCGCUAAGUAUAAAAAAGAUAUCGACGAUGCAUUCAAUCAAAUUUAUCCGAUCUUGAAGGGCUUCAAGAAAUAG